UUUAAUCUUAUUUCAGGAUUCACAGCCCUGUGUGAGAAGUACAGUUCUAAUCAACAGAGUGGGAUUGACGAACUGGCUAGGAUCCUCAAUAACUAUUUAGGCGAACUGGUUCAGGAAAUCAUUGGAUCUGGAGGCGAUGUCAUCAAAUUCGCUGGUGAUGCUAUACUAUCUGUAUGGAGAAUCAACGAAAUUGGAGAUCUUCCAGCAACUGUGAACAAUGUGGUAAACUGUUGCCUAGGAAUUCAAGAGAAAUGUGCAGAUUGGAAUACAGAAUCCGGUGUAUCACUUACAGUUAAAUUAGGUAUAUCAGCUGGAGAUUUCACCCUCACGUUUAUUGGUAAUGAUGAGUGUCGAUAUUUUGUGGAAAUGGGUAGUGCCAUAUCAGAAGUGAAUAAAGCGGAGAGUUUCUGUAAGUCGGGCUACAUCGUCAUCUCACCUAAAGCCUGGACGCUCUGUAAACAGACCAGUUACGAAUACGAGUUGAUGGAAGACAACAAACACGUCAGGGUAGGUACAUCGUCACGAUGUCAAGGUGUUACAAUCACACUUUCAACCGUGACAGAUGAUGGGGAAGCAAUUGAUGAAACAUCUAAAGAUAACAAUAACACCAUGUUGGAUAGGUUGUUGGAUUAUAACUUCGCGCUUUCACUUUGUAUAUUACCAGUGAGAAAUGUGGUAAAACAGGUGGCCAAUCUACAUUUGGAAGAAAAACUAAAGUUAUUUAUCACCACACCGGUAUUGAAAAAGCUAUCAGCAGGUCAACCACUGGAAUAUCUGUCAGAGAUGAGACUAGUGUCAGUGAUGUUUAUGAAUCUAAUAAUAGACGAAGAAGCGGACACAGCUCAGCUGUUACAAGAGGUCUUUGAGAUUAUCCAUAUGGAGAUCAAAUCUAUGGGCGGUUGUUUGAAUAAAGUUUUUCUAUUUGAUAAGGGCUGUACCUUUCUAGUUAUAUUUGGUCUACCAGGAUUUAAACAUUCCAAUGACAGUACCAGAGCUUUACAGUGUUCUACUCGAGUUAAGAAGAUUCUAGAUUCGGUUACUGGUGUCUUGCAUGUAUCAAUCGGUGUAACUACAGGUGAUACUUUCUGCGGGGUUGUUGGUCAUAAACGUCGACACGAAUAUUCAGUUAUUGGUAGAAAAGUAAACAUGGCGGCUAGGUUGAUGAUGCACUACCCCGAUAAGGUCACGUGUGAUGAUGAGACCUAUAAGGCAACUAAAAUAGCUUCUAGAAAUUUUGAAAGGUUGAUAACCAAGAGAAUGAAAGGGUUAAGAAACGUUGGAGUAAUCAGAGAAUUCAGAUUCAAUGAGGAUGAAGAAACGGGUCUAGAAAAUACAAUUCCAUUCUCGGACUUUCCAAUUUUAGGUAUUAGAAUGUUUUUCAUGUAA